CAAUCCCAAAUAAAAACCUUGAAAAUUAGAAAACUCUUCUCGCGAACCUUCCAGAAGGGAUCUCCACGAUGUGCCCCUCCGGCCGCGCCCCUGGACCUCCGGCGUCUGAGCUCCGGCGAGCCUUCGACAUCAUCGACGCUGACCACGAUGGCCUCAUAAGCCACGAUGAUCUCAAAGCCUUCUACUCCUCCUCCUCCUUCCCUCCCUCCGCCACCACCGACGAUGAGAUCCGAUCCAUGAUCUACGCCGCUGAUGCUAAUCGUGAUGGCUUCGUUGAGUUCCAUGAGUUUGAGAGGGUCCUCACCGUCGCCGCUUCCUCUUCCGCUGUCCCAAUGCCUUCCGGCGUGGCUUCGAUGUUUGAGAAUGCAUUCAAGGUCAUGGAUCGUGACGGCGAUGGUCAGGUAGGGUUUGGGGAUUUGAAGGCGUGUUUGGGAAUGAUCGGCGUUGAUGUCGGUGAUGAAGACGUGAGGUUGAUGAUGAAAAUGGGCGGUGGAAAUGAAAGUGAUGGUGUUGAUCUCGAUGCGCUUCUGAAGAUCCUCGCCGUUGAUUUUUGAAAUCGUGAGAUCAAACCUUUUCCCUUUCAUUGUUUGUUUUGUAAUUUCUCUGUUGGGAAACGGAAAGGAACCAAAGGGAAACGGACUGCUUUGUUCAA